AGGCCGGAGUACGACGCCGCGGCUCGUGACCAUGGUUGGCAUCGAAAAUUCCAGUCCGGGCAACCAGGUCGAAGGAGGCAGUAUAUAUACCUGCCAUUUCUCACUUCCCAGUCGCCCAUGAGAGCAUUUGAGCAGAUUCUCUCUUCAGUCUCCAUCUAAUAAUACCUUGCACAUCUCAACCAUGAAGGUCCUCGCUCCUCUCAUGAUGGCCGGCGCCGCCAGCGCCCACACCAUCUUCACCUCCCUCGAGGUGGGCGGUGUCAACCAGGGCCAGGGCCAGGGUGUCCGCAUUCCCUCGUACAACGGCCCCAUUGAGGACGUCACGUCCAACUCGAUCGCCUGCAAUGGCCCACCGAACCCGACCACCCCAACCUCCAAGGUCAUCACAGUCCAGGCCGGCCAGACCGUCAACGCGAUCUGGCGGUACAUGCUCAGCACAACGGGCUCAGCGCCCAACGACGUGAUGGACAGCUCCCACAAGGGUCCUACCAUUGCCUACCUCAAGAAGGUCAACGACGCCACGACCGACUCCGGUGUCGGCGGCGGCUGGUUCAAGAUCCAGGAGGACGGCUACAACAACGGCGUCUGGGGUACCACGAAGGUCAUCAACGGCCAGGGCAAGCACCCCAUCAGGAUCCCCGAGUGCAUCGCCCCGGGCCAAUACCUGCUCCGCGCCGAGAUGAUCGCCCUUCACGGCGCCUCGAACUACCCGGGUGCUCAAUUCUACAUGGAGUGCGCCCAGAUCAACGUCGUCGGCGGCACCGGCAGCAAGACGCCUUCCGACACCGUCAGCUUCCCUGGUGCUUACAAGGGCACCGACCCCGGAAUCAAGCUCAGCAUCUACUGGCCUCCGGUUACCAACUACACCGUCCCGGGCCCCAAGGUCUUCACAUGCUAAGCGGUCCCGUCGAGGGAUGAGGCAGGCAUCGAGAGGGGGCAUUACGUGUGAUAGCAUAGCAUUGCAUUUAUGGGAGCGGUAUCAAAUCUGGACGGACAGUAAGCUGUCCUUCAUCUCCGGGCAUUUGAAAAAUUCUUGUACAUAGAUUGAAUACUUGGGUCCCUGCGGCUGGAUUCAAACACUGAGCGCCAGAAUCGCCCUGACAGUACACAUUACCGGAUCCAAUUGUACAUCACUUGGUCAAACACUUCUUCAUUGACCAUACGAUUGCCCGUGUAAGUCGUUGUAGACAACAUUACCUCGACUAGACUUGAGGGAUCAUUGUACGCACUUCGCCUCGCUAAUCCCCUCGCUGUCUUCGAGGUGUCGGGACGAAGCCGCCUUGAUGGCUGCAUUCAACGGACCUCGGUGGUUGAUUGGUGCCAGCACUGCAACC